GUGGAUAUCUACUCCACCGGGAUCAUCAUGUGCGAGCUCAUCAAACUGGAACCGGCGUACAAGCAGUGCGCAUCCACCCGGUUCCAUUUGGCUCAACAAGUUCUCUCCGGUCAACGACCCAGUAUCCCAGACUAUGUAAGUCCUUUGGACAUUGCCUUACGUCAACAAAACACCUCGGUCGAGUUCGGUUCACUCGGAUCCAUUAGAGCACGAAUUGUACAUGAAUGUGUGUCUGUCCUCAGGCCAGUGCUAUGA